ACGUUUUCGUUUUCCCAAUCGCAGCCAACUUCACUUCAACGCGUUCGGUAUAAUAUUUAGGUCCAUUUAUUUAUUCGCAACAAAUGCGAAUGUAAAAACGAAUAUUGCGUUUUAAUUGUGCGCGCACGGUGCUAGCAACCAUUGCGACUUGACUACGGUGACAUUUCCAGUGUGGGUGUCAUUUGCCAGACAGCGUGAUUUGGCCCGAAAUUCCCCCAAUUCAGUUUUUCACAUCGCCAGCUUUUCAGCGGUGCACAUUGAGUGAAUAAGCGUGUGUGUUUCUGCCGCCAAUCCAAAUUGAAGCGCAAGAAUGGAUGUGGCGAAGCUGGAGAAGAUGAAGGUGGUGGACCUGCGCAACGAGCUCCAGUCGCGCGGCCUGGACACCAAAGGAGUCAAAGCGGUGCUCGUCGAGCGCCUGAGGGCAUAUGUGGAAGGAGGAGCCGGCGACGGUGAAAAUGCGCCGGUCACACCAAGCCGCCGUCAGCGUCGCACGCGCUCUAUGUCCCGCUCUCCAUCGCCGGUGCAAGCUGCUCCCGUGGCCGCAGAACCAGUGCUCGAUACUCUCGAAGAGGAGGAGCAGCCGGAGGAUAAGACAGUGCCACAGCCAGAACCAGAAAGUGAACAGCCAGCAGCCGAGCCGGAACCAGAACAAAGUGAGCCGGAGGAAGCUGAGCCAGCUGCAGCAGUGACAGAGGACACAACCGUCAACCAAGCGGUCAAUGAGGAGUCGCAGCCUGAGCCCGAAGAGUUUGAUGAAAAGUCGGAGACAGACGACAAGCAGGAGACAAUCGAAGAGGCAGUACCCGCCGUCGUACCACAGAAUGAAGUGGCUGAUGAACCCAUGGAAGAGGAUCAUGAUGCUGCCCCUGAGGAGCAGGAACCUACACAAACUGAGGAGCCUGUAGAGGAGAAACCAGCCGAGAGCACUGUGGCCGAGCAUCAGUCAAAUGGCGACAGCCAGAAAAUGGACGUUGAUGAGGAGGAUUCGGCCGCCCCGAAAACGGCGGAGGAGACCGAGCCAGCAGCUAAGCCUGAGGAUCAGCCCCCGGAACGCCGCAAGCGAUCACACAGUCGGUCCAAAUCCCGAUCGCGCAGUGGCUCCCGCUCGUCCAAACAUCGCGGCAGCGUAGGUGACAAGCGUGAGUCAAAGGCAGCGGCCGAGGAACGCACAGUUCCUGAGGACGAGCCAACCAUCGAGGAGAACAAAGUCGGAUUGAGCUGGCUGGACUCUGACUUGCAUUUACGCAUCGACCCAACCACGUUUGCAUCGGCCAAACCCCUGACAUCGGAAAUUUACUCGCUUAUUUGGUCCGGAGCCCGCGCAAACUACGGAGUGCGCGAAGGCAAAGUGUGCUUUGAGGUGCGCCUUUCCGAGGAGUCGGUGCCGGAGAACUCGCACUACUUCCGCGAUGAGCCGCAUGUGCGAGGAUUCCGCGUGGGAUUUUCAAUGCCCAAGAGCUCCUUGUUGCUAGGCGAGGCCGAGCAUUCAUUUGGCUAUUGCGAGACCGGGCGUAAGGCUACUCAGAGCGAGUUUACCGAUUACGGCAAGCCUUACCAGCUGGAUGACGUUAUCGGCUGCUAUUUAGAUCUGGAAAGUGAGCCGUGCACAAUUAACUACACUCUGAACGGCGAGGAUCUUGGAGUUGCGUUCGAGUUUGAGAAGAGCAUACUGGGCGAGGAGGGAGCCCUGUUUCCGCACAUCGUUACCAAGGGCUACGAAUACUUAGUGAAUUUCUCUGACACCGAGCAGCUGUUGGUGAAUGCCGAGAGGCCCACGCGCAAGCGCCGCAAGCCACGUAAAGACGAAGACAAGGAUAAGGACGACGAUAAGGAUGACAACGAUGGCGAGAAGUGGAAGGUCUUGGACGAAGCCACGGCGGAUGAUGAUGAGGUGGAGAAAAAGGAUGAAGAUGGCAAGGCUUCUUCGGAGAAAGAUGAAGAGGAAGCCGAAGAUCCUGAAAAAGCCAAAGAGGAUGAGGCGGCGCCAAAAACGGAAACAGAAGCCGAAACUAAAGUCGAGGCUCCUGCUGAAGCUGCUAAGCCCGAAUCAGAAGCUACCGAGGCUUCGGAAACUGCUGAAACUUCUACCGAAAAGUCGUCAGAAACUGCAGCUGUGUCAAAUGGUGAUGCUGCUGCAGAACAGGCAAACGAUGAAAAGGCAUCUGAGGAUAAGAAACCCUCCGAAAACAAUGAUGAAGAAGAUGAGGAUGGCCCCUCGCCGAACAAGCGACCCAAAACCGAUGGAGAUUCGGAAAAGGCUGAAUCCGAAAAGGAAAAGGACAGGUCGCAGACGACCGAAGAUGAGUACGAGGAUGUCGUGCCCGAGCCAAGGGAUACAGCUGCCCUGCUGGAAGGCUAUGUAUUGAUCGGCUUAGUACCUGUCGAAAAGCUGGUUUCCGGUCCACAACGCGUCGGAUCUCGCAAGGAGUGCGAAGUCAUUUUACUGGUUGGCUUGCCAGGAGCCGGAAAGACCCAUUGGGCCCAUAAGCAUGUGGCCGAGAAUGCUGACAAGCGUUACGAGUUGAUUGGACCCGACGCAUUCAUUUCAAAGAUGACAAUCGAUGGCGCCUCUCGCAAGACUGUGCACAAAGGUCGAUGGGACAAGGUGUACGAGAUAUGCUUAAAUAGCUUGGCGGCUCUGGAAGAUAUUGCCAUGAAGCGGCGUCGAAAUUUCAUACUUGAUCAGACCAAUGUGUAUGCCUCGGCCCAGCGACGUAAAAUGAAGGGUUUUAACGACUUCAAGCGAAUUGCGGUCGUUUGCAUACCCAGCGAAGAUGAAUUGAAACGUCGCAUCGCCGAAAAAGAGGAAAAGGGAAAUGCUUUUACAGUUAAAGAAUCAACAAUUAAUAAUUUACGAGCCAACUUCACACUUCCCUCGCUGGAGUUUGGCUGGUUCGAUGAUAUAAACUACACGGAGCUGACUGGUGACGAGGCCAAGAGCGAGGUCAAGAAGUACAACGAGAAGGGCAAAAAGGCCAUUGACGCGGAGAGGUCGCGUGACAAGAGAUCCCGAGGAAGUCGCGACAACUAUCGUCGUGAUGACCGGAACCGGAAUCGAUACAAUGAUGACCGACGUCGUGAUUAUGGCGGCCAGCGGCACGAAAGUCGUUGGAGCGACUCCCGCAGGGGAGGCGGCGGUGGCGGUUACUCCAGCAAUAGUGGUGGAGGCGGCAGUCGUGGCUACGACAAUCGCCGCAACUACAACAGCGGUAGCGGUGGCCAGCAAAAUUGGGUGCAGAACAGCCGCAGAAGCGGGUACGAUGAUCGCGGCUAUGGUGGCGGUGGAAGCGGCAGUCGUGGAUACGACAAUCGCAACCGUGGAUACGCAGGCGGCAGCGGUGGUGGUGGCGGCGGCGGCGGUGGUGGUGGUGGUGGUGGUGGUCAGCAAAACUGGAUGCAGAACAACCGCAGAAGUGGGUAUGACGACCGCGGCUACGGCAGCUCGCGGGACUAUCGCGAUCGAGACCGUGGCAACGACCGCAGUCGAAUGGGCAGUAACGACCGGAACCGGGGCAGCAGCCAGAGUAGCUAUCGCUCGGGAGGUGGUACUCAUCAACAACGGGAUUUUCGGCCUGGCCACCGCGACACCAAAGAAGAUAGUCGCGGUGGCUAUGAGCGGUCAGCUGGUCAAUCGCUACCCAAGUAUGGCAAUAACACCGCUGUAGGCGGUGGCUACGAUCAGUACAAGCAACAAGGUGGAGCACCUGGCGGAGGCAAGGCCUCCCUUAGCGGCAAGUGGAGUACGUACAGUCAACACCAUCAGCAACAGCAGGCGCCGCAGCAUCAACAAACGGGCAUCUGGCAGACUCAGCAGCAGUCACAACAAUACCAACAACCUCAGCAAGCAGCGGCGGGCCAGCAACAAUACUGGGCCUAUAACCAAAUGCAGACAGGUUAUGGCAACCAACAGGCCUGGCAGAGUGCCGAUCCGCAGCAGCAACAACAGUGGAUGUCCUGGUGGCAGCAGCAGCAGCAGGGCUCUGGCGGAGCAGCGGCUGGGAAUGCCAGUGGCGGAUCAGGCGUAAAUGUCGGCGGCGGCGCUGGCAAUAAUGAUGGCGGUGCCGCCAAUCAUUACUGGUCUCAAUAUUCGUACUCCACGCAGUCCAAUGCGGGUGCCGACAAGAAGUAGAAUGCAGCAACACUAUGCAGCCGUGUUCCACCAGGCCCAGACCCCUCUGCGUUGUCCCGAAAGGAGUUAACCACAAAUCUGAACUAAACUUUAUAUAAUAGUUUUAAACGAUUAACGAACAGUAAAACAAAAUUAAUUUAGUUUAGCCAGUUUGGGCUAGUCGAAACCAAACAAUUGCGAGGGCUAACCAAACCCUAAGUCAAAAUUCUUACCUUACCUUCGGAUGGAUUGUACAAAACUAAGACUACAUAUAUCAUUUGAAAUUGAACGUGAAUGUUUCGCUUUUCAUUUUCCACAACGCAUUUUCUAUAUGACAGUGACGAAGCAAUUGAAUGAAACGCGGUCUUUACUCUGGCACUACGUAUCUAGGCAGUACAACUUGUUUUAACGUUUAUUACGAUUAUUGUUUUAUUUUUUACAAUCAACGCAAACAAUUGAAAUGAACGCAUUAGAGAAGAAACAUUAACGAAUAAAUCUAUACAUUGAAAAAAUCU